AUGAAAAAUGAAAUAAAUAAAAAAUAUUAUCCUCUAUGCAACAAAAGAAAUGAAGAAAUGGAUGAACAAAUAUGGGACUAUCCAAAUGAUGUUAGUUGUGAUAAUGAAUUUUUAUUUUUAGAUAUCCAAAAAGAGAUAUUUAAAAUAUGUGAAAAUAGUUUUAAUGAAAAACUAUAUGAAAAUAUUUUUAAAAAUCAAAAAAAGUAUUGUAAUAAUUCAAAAAAUCCACCUUAUGUUUUUCAUCCAAUAUAUUCAAAUGCUGAAAGAAAAGUGAAAUACUCAAACAGACAUACACACCGAUUUAAGAUUAAUAAAUAUGAAAAUAUAUUUAAUUAUUUAAAUAAAAGAGGAGAAUGUAUAUAUGAAAAUAAUUAUAUUAUUCCAUCAUGUGAUGUUAGUAAAAUAAAAAAGUCUUUAUUUACUAUUCAUAGUACAGAUUUUAUAAAUAAAAUGUUUAAUAUAAUAAAAAACAAUGAAGAAAUAAAUUUAUAUGAAUUAAAUUUAUUCUCUGAUUUAAUAGUCAGAUAUUUAAUUGAAAUAAAUGGAACAGUAUUAAGUUCAUUAAUGGCUUUAAAACAUUCUAUGUGUAUGCAUAUAGGGGGAGGGAAUCACCAUUCAAAAAGAGAUAAAGGGGAUGGGUUUUGUAUAUUUAAUGAUAUAGCCAUAGCUGUUGAUUUUUUAUUAUUUUAUAAAAUUGUUAAAAGUGUUAUUAUAUUAGACGUUGAUGUGCAUCAAGGUGAUGGAACAGCAGAAAUAUUUCAAAAUCACAAAAAUGUUAAAACAAUAAGUUUACAUUGUAAAGAUAAUUAUCCAUUUUUAAAAAAAAAAUCAACUAUUGAUAUCGAAUUAAAUCCAUAUAUGGAAGAUAAUGAAUAUUUAAAAAUAUAUCAAAAUCUUUUAAAUAAUAUUAAACCUCAAAAACACUCUAUAAUUUUUUAUUUGGCUGGUGUAGAUAUAAGCAAAGAUGAUGAUUUAGGUUUGCUUUUAAUAUCUGAUCAUGGAAUAUACACUAGAGAUUAUAUAACUUAUCAAAUGGCGUUUAAAAAUAAAAUCCCAAUAGUUACUCUUCUUUCUGGGGGAUAUAAUGAAUGCGAUCAAACAUUAUCUGAAAAACAUGCUCUCACUUUUCGGGCUGCAAAAGCAGCAUGGGCUACAAAGGGAAAACAUGGAUAA